AAACCGACUAAAGCCAAGAAUCGCGAUUAGAGUUGCGGAUUUUCACAUUACCUUCGUAUGCAUAUUAGUGUGUGCUGCUCGCCGGAAUUGUAUAAGAUAAGACCAGUUUCUGACUACACGCGCUUCGGACGUCAUCAGUCGUUACGUUGAGGCUCGGCCGAAUACAGCUCGAAUAGCCCCUAUCUUGGAAAAGUAGGAAUUCGGUGUUUAGUGUGCCUUAUCAAUUGAAGAUCUACUAGAAUGGCUCUCUCGCAGUGCACCAGUAAGGUAUUCACUACCUUUCGAAUCAACCAGCGGACGUUCGAAAUCACAAAGGUUUUGGCCUGUAGGUAUUCCACCAAGAAGCGAUCGAAAAUCUAUGAUAGCGCAGACGAAGCAAUUGCCGAUAUACCGAACGGGGCCAAGCUACUAGUCGGCGGAUUUGGUUUGUGCGGAGUUCCUGAAAAUCUCAUCGGUGCAUGCGUGAAAAAGGGGGUUAAAGAUCUGACGGUUGUGUCCAACAAUGCCGGUAUCGACGCAUUCGGACUCGGGCUGUUCCUGAAGCAACGUAUGAUUAAACGUAUGAUUGCCUCGUACGUCGGUGAAAAUGCUGAAUUCGAACGGCAGUACCUGACCGGUGAGCUGGAAUUGGAGCUCACGCCUCAGGGUACUCUGGCAGAAAGGCUCCGUGCCGGUGGUGCUGGCGUUCCGGCUUUCUUCACCCCAACCGCGUACGGUACGUUGAUUCACGAGGGCGGCGCCCCAAUCAAAUAUGGCAAAGACGGCUCGGUAGAGAUUGCUAGCGAACCACGCCCCAUGCAGAUGUUCAAUGGAAAGCCGUACAUCAUGGAAGAAGCCAUCGUAGGAGAUUACGCCCUGAUAAAAGCCCACGUUGCAGAUGAAUCGGGAAAUCUGAUCUUCAACAAAUCCGCCCGAAAUUUCAAUCCAACUAUGUGCAAAGCAGCUAAAACAACCAUCGUCGAGGUGGAAAAUAUUGUGCCCGUUGGCUCGCUAGAUCCGGACCAAAUCCAUAUUCCUAGUGUUUUCGUACACCGCAUCAUCAAAGGUGCCAAAUACGAAAAACCCAUCGAACGGUUACGAAUUCGCGAUACUAAGAAGGCAGGAUCUGUUGUAGCAUCAACACCGGCUGCAAAGCAGCGCGAGCGAAUUGUUCGCCGCGUAGCGUUGGAAUACAAAGACGGAAUGCAUAUUAAUUUGGGCAUUGGUAUACCGGUAUUGUCAUCCAACUACAUCAAGGGUAUUAAUGUGUUACUACAGUCGGAGAAUGGCAUUCUUGGACUCGGGCCAUUCCCAGAGAAACACGAAGUUGACCCAGAUCUGAUCAAUGCCGGAAAGGAAAGUGUAACCGUUCUUCCAGGUGCAUCGUUCUUCUCGUCCGAUGACAGUUUCUCGAUGAUUCGUGGUGGACACAUUGAUAUCACCGUGCUCGGUGCAAUGCAGGUGUCGCAGUUUGGGGAUCUAGCUAACUGGAUGAUUCCCGGAAAGCUAGUGAAAGGAAUGGGAGGAGCGAUGGAUUUAGUUUCCGCUCCGGAUACCAAAUGUAUUGUGACAAUGGAGCAUAAUGCCAAGGACGGUUCCCAUAAGAUUCUUGCCGAUUGCUCUCUGCCAGUGACGGGCAGGAACUGUGUCGACAUGAUCAUAACCGAGAAGGCAGUCUUUAACGUAGACAAGGAGCGAGGUUUAACACUGAUGGAGGUUGCCGACGGUGUGACAGUGGAAGAAGUAAUCACCAGUACCGGGUGUAACUUUGAAGUUUCGCCCGAUUUAAAACCGAUGGGACAGGUUGAGGAGUAGACUUUGGUACCUUGCAAUGUAAAGCGAUAGAGAGCGGAAAAAUAUGCAUCAUAAGUAUCUCAGGAAAGGGCACAUUUUUCUCUUUGCAGUUGUCUUUGCUUUUCGGUUGCCGCAUUAAGAUUACUAGCAUUAGUUUACACUAUCGUGUAAGUGUAUAAAGCAGUUGUUUUGUUAAAGCGAUGUUGCAUCGCGUGCAGAAUAAGUCGUAUGAAUCGAGUCAAUUUUAAUCUGAGUAUACAAUUUAUGUCGAACGUAAUGAAUAAAUAAAACUUUAGUUUC